CAUGUUUGGUCAGGGUGUGACUGACUGUUCACAAAUGUGCACCUCGGAAUGUGGCUUUUUUUAUGUUCCCGUCAUCACCACGUCAAUAUAUAAGCAUCGACGAGCUAAUGUGGCACUUGGCUAUAACUCCACACACUCGCAAGAUUCGUAAAGCCCUACAACGCGUCCUCUCGUAGCUUAGACCCGACGUCAUUGUUGUAAGUCAGUAGCUAGGCACGGCUGGUGAAUCUGCCAGACUUCCGAGUCAAGUCAACUCACAACACCUGGGGUCUGUCGCGUGACCUCCUGUCGGCGAGCCUUCGACGCUUCACGUGGCCUCAAAGUGCACCUAGCCUGACACAAGCGCCGUGAUGACAUCACGGCUUCUUCGUGAUUCAUUUCUGACUCUGCAUGCGAGUGGUGAACAGUGAGAAAUGUUUCGCACACCUGCUUCAGUGUGUGCAGCGGAGGACCGGCAUGUCGACUUACAAAUCAGCGUGACCGCGGGGACAGAGAGAUUCACACUCCAAAUAUAACGAUGGCGUCAGAGUUUGUACCGAUACCGCGACCGUCUAUAAAUCAGAUUCAUCGCACACUGAGAAAAGCAACUCGGGGAGCUACCGCUACGGCCCUAACAGCAUCCCCCGAUAUAACAUCAUCUCGCCCAGAUGAUGAUGCUGGCCGUGCACAGUGCUGUGCUGCUGGGAAUCUCGUUGGGGGCCGUGCAAGCAUCGGAUGGAUUUUGCAAUCCCUUCACGCAAUAUCCAAUGGAUGGGCACUGUUGUGAUAAGUGUCCUCCUGGAUCCUUUAGAUCCGCCUGGUGCACAGUGGACACGCCGACUCGCUGCCAGCCCUGCCCUGAGGGAUCCUACACCUCUGAGUACAACACCAACCCCAUGUGCUCGUACUGCACACGCUGCGUUCAAGCAUGUAACCAGGUGAAAAUCGAGGACUGCAUUCCCACUCGAAAUGCGAGGUGCGGCUGCGGGAAGGACCAAAACAUCACGAAAUUGUCCGCCAAUGGCACCUUCUUCUGGUGUUGUCCAAACUGCCCAGCGGGCAUGGAGAUGCUGAACGAGUGUUCCUAUACGGAUUUCGUCACCAAGUGCACGGACUGUCCUCCAGGCACAUUCAGUGACCGGCCCGGGUCUCGCUGCCGAAACUGCACACGGUGGGUCCAGCGGAGAACCCACCUUUUGCGACGUCUCCCGUUUUUUCCCCGUACUCAGAAUAUUUUUUUUUAUUUACACCGGAGGAGGGUAUCCGAUGAGCCGAGAAGCUUAUUUUUUUUCCACAGAUGUCCAGACGGGGGGCCACGGGGUAAGAGCGUUCCAACAAACAGCUUCAAAAACACGACAGGAGUGCAAAAGUACAGGGAAGGCAAACAAAUCACCAAGAAGCAUCAAAAAAUGAAAUUGAACCGUCCCCACCCUACCCAGGCAAAGCCUACUGAGGCAUUAACUUCCCUUUCAGAAGUGACUACAGUUAGAACGGGGCAGCACCUAUAACAAUAAAACUUAUCUGUGGGGAUUGCCCCAUCACUGCGCCAGUCGUUAUCACUCGAUGUGGCUACAGAGUGCAGCGAAAAAUCCCAAUUCGCCACCUAGUGGUGACGGUAAAUUCUGAAACUGUUGGCCGUGCGUGCGCGCGUGUGUGUCUGUG